AUGGCGCAAAACGUAUCUGUUCCCACCUUCGAUCUCCCGACCUCGCCGAACGUGGUUGGGGUAAGAGUCAUCGAUAGCACUGUACGGCUGCGAGUGCCCAUGGCAAUGUUCAUCAAGAAUCCCCUCCCGGGGCAUGAAUUUCUGGAAUGUCCUGCCUACUCUUUCUUGAUUGAGCAUUCAUCUGGUCAGAAACUGCUCUUUGACUUGGCCCUUCGCAAAGAUCUCGGAAGCUUCCCCCCGGCUAUACUUACUGAUCUGCAGAAACAGUCUAAGAUUCCGGGAGCCGGUGUAACAAUUGAGAAGGAUGUCGCUUCUAUCCUGCAAGAUGAAGGUUCUAUUGCACUAAGCGAUAUUAAUGCUAUCAUCUGGAGGCAACCUUGCUGCAGCCACUGGCAUCUCGAUCAUUCCGGGGAUCCUUCGACAUUCCCAGGCUCAACAUCCCUUAUUGUAGGCCCUGGCUUCAAAGACACUUUUCUGCCCGGCUAUCCCGCCAAUCCCGAAGGGUUGAUCCUGGAGACGGAUUAUCAGGGUCGUGAUCUCCACGAAAUUGAUUUCGAAACCCAUCCAGGUGCCACAAAACUCGGAGGAAUUUGUGCCGUUGACUACUUUCAAGAUGGAAGCUUUUAUCUUCUCAACUCACCCGGCCACGCUGUUGGCCAUAUGGCCGCGCUUGCCCGAACCACCCCUUCAACUUUCAUGCUCAUGGGUGCCGAUACCUGUCAUCACUGCGGCUCUAUUCGUCCAACACAAUAUGAACCUCUACCAGACACCGUAUCUCCCUCCCCGUUUUCCAACCCGCCUUUCUUGCCUGGAACUAUUUGCCCCGGUGAGAUUUUGGUCAAAAUUCACCCACAACACGUCCGAGACAAGCCAUUCUACGACUCUCUCUCAGAAGCUCGUGGUCGGGACGUUUCUGAAGGGGAGAAAUCAAUAGCUAAAUUGAUAGAUUUUGACGCGAAGGACGAUGUUUUUGUUGUCAUUGCGCACGACAGUGGUCUCCUUGAUCUGAUCGAUUUCUUCCCUAAGAAGGCAAAUGAUUGGAGGAAGAAUGGAUGGAAGGAGCAGAGCAGAUGGAGAUUUUUGAGUGAUUUCAAGCCGUAA